CCGCCGCCCGCCUAGCGGCCAUGCCGCCCGGGCCCCGGGCCUGCCCCGCUCCGCGCCCCGGCCGCCGCGCCCCGCGUCCGCGCCGGCAUGGUGAACCUGGCGGCCAUGGUGUGGCGCCGGCUGCUGCGGAAGAGGUGGGUGCUCGCCCUGGUCUUCGGGCUCUCGCUCGUCUACUUCCUCACCAGCACCUUCAAGCAGGAGGAGAGGGCCGUGAGGGACCGGAAUCUGCUGCAGGUGCGUGACCACGAUCAGCCCAUCCCGUGGAAGGUGCAGUUCAACUUGGGCAACAGCAGCCGGCCCAGCAACCAGUGCCGGAACUCCAUUCAAGGGAAGCACCUCAUCACCGACGAACUGGGGUACGUGUGUGAAAGGAAGGACGUGCUGGUGAACGGCUGCUGUGAUGUCCACGUCCCCAGCACCAGGCAGUACAGCUGCGACGGCUGCCUGUCCAGCGGCUGCUGCAGCGCCUACGAGCACUGUGUCUCCUGCUGCCUGCAGCCCAGCAAGCAACUUCUCCUGGAGCGCUUCCUCAACCGGGCAGCUGUGGCGUUCCAGAACCUCUUCAUGGCAGUCGAAGACCACUUUGAAUUGUGUUUGGCUAAGUGCAGGACCUCAUCCCAGAGCGUGCAGCACGAGAACACCUAUAGGGAUCCCAUAGCGAAGUAUUGCUACGGGGAGAGCCCCCCCGAGCUCUUGCCCGCCUGAGGGGUGCAGAAGACCUGCCUCGUGGGCCAGGAGUCGCCGCUGAGGGACCUGGAGCCUGAGCUGGCCCCGGCGGUCACCGUCGGUGGGAAGAGGAGAGCGGUGCCGCGUGGAGCCUUUGGCUUUGCCUCUUCUUGUGUUGUCCUCUUGGCUUCCUUCACCGCCGGCGUCUCCAGACGGGGCUGUCCGCCGAAGCAGUUGGAAACGCCGGCUGAAGAAGACAGAACUGCAGGCGGGCGGCGGAGGUGUCGGCACUCCAGGCCUUGGCCGCUGCAGCUGCCUGGGACCUGGGGGCAUCAGGUCUCGUCGGCCCUCACUGUAAAAUUAUUUAUUGGAUUUCUCUGGAGUAGUGGCAGAAUUACGAUGUUUUGUACAGGAAAAGGCCUGGCCUUGAACGUUGAAUAUAUUCAAGGAAAUUA